GCAAGUUCCGUAAGUAUGCGGUAUGGAGGCACCUACUUCUUCCCCUGGCGAGACAAAGGUCUGCGGGACAGGGUUGUUGGAGAAAGCGCCAAUCCAGUACUAUUUCCGGGCCCAGACUGCGCCUGCGCGUCGCACCGCCUAGUACGUAACAUCAGGAGCCAACCCAGGCUAGAACUACCCUGGGCUCCAAGGCUUGGAGGCCUGGUGGCUAGAGCGGCCGGACCAGCUCGACUCCUCCCGGAUAGAGCGUCGCUUCCGCUUAGAGCCGCGUGUGACCUUCCCGCUUGCGGAGCUAUGCUGCCGGCGGCGGCUAGCCGCCUGUGGGGGCCGCGGCUUGGACUCGGGGGAGCCGCGCUCCGCCUUGCCAGGCAACAGAUACCCGGUGUCUGUGCAGCGCGGCAAUUGAGAAGCAGCAGCCACCGAAGGAGUGAAGCACUCGCCGGUGCACCUCUGGAUAAUGCUCCCAAGGAAUAUCCCCCCAAGAUCCAGCAGCUGGUCCAAGACAUUGCCAGUCUUACGCUCCUGGAGAUCUCAGACCUCAAUGAACUCCUGAAGAAAACACUGAAGAUCCAGGAUGUCGGCCUCAUGCCAGUGGGUGGCAUGGUGCCUGGUGCCGUCUCUGCUGCAGCACCACCCUCUGAGGCGGCUGAGGAAGAAGACAUCCCCAAACCGAAAGAACGGACGCACUUCACCGUCCGCCUGACAGAAGCGAAGCCCGUGGACAAAGUGAAACUGAUCAAGGAGAUCAAGAACUACGUCCAGGGCAUAAACCUCGUCCAGGCCAAGAAGCUGGUGGAGUCCCUGCCCCAGGAAAUCAAAGCUAACGUUGCCAAAGCUGAGGCAGAGAAGAUCAAAGCGGCCUUGGAGGCCGUGGGCGGCACUGUGGUUCUGGAGUGAAACACGGUUAUGAGGACUUUCGGACUAGAUCCCUGGGACCCGGGCAAAGCCUGCUCAUCCCGCUUCACUCCCAGGCGGUGCCUUGGGAGGAACAGCUACUGACGCGAGUGACCGAGGUCUCCUGAGAGAGGGACAGGAUGGACCUACUGUGAUGGGGUGGGGCAGCACUCUGAAGAGAUUGCCUUGGGAACUUACCAAGUGAACACAGCCUCUGAUGGCUACUGAGAAAAUAUACUAUUCAGGCUGGG